AUGUACACUAUAGUGUAUAAAAAGCAUGAUAAGACAAGUCUUGUGGAUGAAGAUGGGUGUUUUACUGUGGAAGCAGGAGAAGAGCUGCAUGGCAAGAAUGUGUUGGCAGAUGGAAACAAUAAAGUUCUUGACAUGCUGGGAAGUAAUGUUCUGCAUCAAGAACUAUUUGAACACAGUUACCCCUACGACUGGAGAACUGACAAGCCUGUGAUCAUCAGAGCCAGCAGACAGUGGUUCAUAGCCACAGAAAAGAUCAAGGAAAGGGCUCUGUCCCUUCUAGAGGACAUAGAAAUGUCCCCUCCGCGCUACAAGCAAGACAUGUCAGGUCUCCUAAGAGGCCGACCCUAUUGGUGUAUCUCCAGACAGAGGGCAUGGGGCGUACCUAUACCAGACAAAGAAAACGAGCCAGCCUUUGGUAUUGAUUUAUUGCGCUACUGGGCUGCAUACAAUUACCAAGAUAACCAAGUCAGUUUAGGCCCCAGCAUACUUAAGAAACACAACACCAGGUUGUUAAAGAUAAGCAAAGUUCUCAGGUAUUUGGUAGGAAACAUUCAUGAUCUGGAUUCUUCAGACAAACUAGUUGAAUACACACAGCUUCUCCCCCAAGACAAGUAUAUGCUGCAUUUCUUGUAUCAGUUUAGUCUUAAAACAACUUCCGCCUAUGAAAAUUACGAAUUUGCUAGAGUCUUAAACAGAACGGAAAACUUUAUAGAUGAAUUGUCUUCUUUUUACUGCCAUGUAACGAAAGACAGACUACUUUGUAGUGAAAAAUACAGUGUGUCUCGGCUCUCAGCACUGACAGUGUUCUGGUAUCUCACAGACACUUUACUGCACACAUUGGCUCCUAUUACUCCACAUAUCGCUGAGGGAACAUAUUCCUCUCUGCCAAUCAUACAAGGAGAAAGAAGUGUGUUCAAAUCAGGCUGGUUCAAGUGUGACCCCAGCUGGAACAACCCUGGUAUUAGUGAAGUCAUGGAGAUAGUGCUGGGACUGAGGGAGAAGUUCUACUAUGCUCUGGAUAACAACUCUCAGGCCAAGGAGUUUGAUGUGGUGAUUCACACAUCUUCACCACUGCGGAACUGUAUGAAGGUAUUUCAGCCAGAGGGCUAUCCCAGCUGUACUUCUCCUCUGAAUGAGGUCUUCCAAGCAGCUGUAACUACUGUCCUGGGGAAACCACCCCCAAUAUUGCCUGAUGACUCUCAAAUUGUCUCUGGAAAGUGGCCAUUUAAACAUAAAGAUGGCACCUCAAAAGAAGAGCCUUAUACUCUAGUCAUUCUUCCCGCUGAGAAUCACAAGUGUCCAAGGUGCUACAGAUAUCUGGCUGCCUCCUCUACACAGCCAUGUGACAGGUGCAUGGAAGUGAUAGCAGGGCAGUGGGCAGACUACUAAGCCAUUGAAUGCCAUGGGACAGCCUAGGAAGUGAUUGCAAUCCAGUAGGCAGAGUAAGAGGUGAUUGCAAUCCAGUGGGCAGACAAGGAAGUGAUUGUAGUCCAGUAGGCAGACUAAGAAGUGAUUGCAAUCCAGUGGGCAUACCAAGAAAGUGAUUGCAAUCCAGUGGACAGACUUAGAAGUGAUUGCAAUUCUGUGGGCAGACUAAAAAGUGAUUGCAAUCCAGUGGACAGGCUAAGAAUUGAUUGCAAUCCAGUGGGCAGACUAAGAAGUGAUUGCAAU